AUGACGACACUCCCGCCUGCCCCGCACCGCCAGCCUUCCAAGCUUGGAAGUCGAGAAUUCACCAACUUCAACCAUCGACCACGGCACCUCCUCGCCAAUACGCAACGCAACAUGGCGUCAGGCACUCCGUUAGAGGUGGAAUUUCCCUAUUCCAUGGUCAUCGGCAUCCCUCUCCCCACCAACCGCAUCGCUUCCGCUGCCCUUCGAGCCCUGCAAGUCGACAAGGAGCGGUCUCCUUUUGUCCAUCGCAGUUUUGCGCUCGUAUCGCCCGACUCAGCAGACGACGGAGCUCACGAUGAAAGCAAGACCGUGCUCCAGACCACCUACAGAGCGACAACGAACCGCAUGCUACGGGUAUCUGUGAAUAGCUUUUUGGACACCGUCGGCGUUGUUUUGGGAGUCGUGGAGGAACUAGAUGUUGACGUUCUUAAGGAAGAAUUGGGAAAGUGA